AUGACGCAGCAGCAAGUGUCUCUAGAGAAAGGUAAUGAAAAACAGCUGUCUCAGAAGAGAGGAAAUAGGAGCCAGGGUUCUCGGGCUCCUUCCGGAGGAUCUUCUCGGCCUCAGAAGACGAUGCGAACGGUGGAUGAAGGUUCUCGACCCUCUCGUGGUGACCGGAAGGACUUUGGGGGAAUCACGUGUUUUCAGUGUGGUUCCAAGAGUCAUGCCAGGAACAACUAUCCGUUGGAUCAUUCUAUAUGUUUCUACUGUAAACUUCUAGGUCAUGAGAGUCGGAAUUGUACACUGAAAGCACAGUUGGAGACUCCAAAAGUCACAUCUCAGGGGGAACAACCCUCACAGUCACGCCCCCAGAGAAGAUAUCAGAAGACUCAGAGUGCCCCACGUCAGCAGCGACCACCGCCUUCACAGGGACAGAUAUAUCAUGUGCAGGGUCAGGUGUUGGGCAUUUCCAGUAUAGCAGGAUGUUUAUCCACCUCAGCCCUACCCAGCAUACCAGCAGCAGCCUUAGUCUCAGUAUCAGCAGUCGGUUCAAGCACCUCUAAUUCCAGUGCAGACCACGCCAGGGAUGCCACAGUCAAGCUCAGAGAUCUAUUAAUAGAUACUGGUAGUUUCCAUUCAUUCAUAUCCCGGGUGUUUCUUGGUAAAAUCGGGAGGUUGCCUACUCGUCGAACUCAUGGGUUGACGGUAUCUCUACCAUCUGGCGAGGAACUAAGUAUUUGUCUGGAAAUCAAGGGAUGUCCUGUAGACUUUAAUGGUCAGACACUUAUGGUGAAUCUGCAGGGUUGUCAGGGAUAUUUACUGUCCAUGGUUAAAGCUGGUUUGGAUGCAUUACCACGGCUCUCGGAUGUUCCUAUUGUUCAAGAAUUUCUAGAUGUGUUCCCUGACGAACUCCUCGGUUUGCCUCCUAACAAGCAAGUCGAGUUUACUAUUGAGUUGGUUUCGGGAACCGCACCGGUAUCCAAGAUCCCUUAUCGUAUGGCACCAAAGGAGUUAGAGGAGCUGAAGGUUCAGUUGCAGGAGCUAUUGGACAAAGGAUUUAUACGUCCCAGUGUUUUUCCGUGGGGAGCACCAGUACUCUUCGUUAGGAAGAAGGAUGGAUCACUGAGAUUAUGUAUUGAUUAUCGACAGCUAAAUGCGAUGACUGUUAAGAACAAAUACCCAUUGCCACAUAUAGAGUUAUCAUCAGCUUAG